UCCUCAUAAAAUAACAAUAAUAAUUAACAAAAUGAGAGAAAAAAUGUUGAAAUAUGUUAAAUGUUAAAAAAUCUUAAUAGUAAUAGCUUAAUGUUGUAGGGACAUCAGCGAGAAUUAUUUUAAAUAGGAGAAUCUUAUGGCUACUUGGCUGGAUCCCUCCAUUGUACCUAGAGUGUUAAGUAUUCCAUCGAACUGCUCCAUUAAAGAUAAAUUUUAGAAGAAUCUUAUGGCUACUUACUUGGAUCCCUCCAUUGUACCAAGAGUUUUUUAACGCAGGCAAAAAGAACGCAAUAUAUAUUCGGUUCAAGGUUAUUGGAGAUUAAAUAGAGUUCUGGUUUGCUUUCCAAGAAGCAGUAGGGUGAACAGAAAACUUUGACCAAGAGAGCUCAGCUCCGUGUAGAUCCCAGCUUGAAUGUGACAACCAAAGAACUUGACUGCGAUAACCAAAGAACCUUCAGGAAAGAAAGAAUAUUUGAUAUUAACUAACAGUAACAAAAUUCAAAACCGACAUCGAAGAGGAACAUAGAAGAUCAUUGAUCAAAAACAGGUUUAAUUUUUUUUUAACCUGAAAGUGGAGUCACUUACACACCAAGAGGUAGCAGAGGAAACAUCACGUGGAACUGAAGCUGAGGUCUCCAGUUAUCAUGGGAAAGAAAUUUCAUCAAAGGCCCUUCAAGAUCACUGAUUUGUUUGGGAACGAUUUCUCUAUGUGCAAACAAAUGGUCCCACUUCAUCUCAUCUUGUUGUGGGCGGCACUACAGUUUGAACCAGGUUCUUGUUACCCAAGGCGAUUCCAUCGACCCGGUAAUGUAACAUUGGGAGUCAUCUUACCACUUCAUGUGAAAAACUCAGAGGAUAAAUGCGGCGAAUUUUAUCCGCGUGGACUCGGUUUCAUCGAGGCGAUCACGUUUGCAAUCGACCGUAUCAACAACGACACCAACCUACUCCCCAACGUCACACUAGGAUUUGACAUUCGAGACUAUUGUGAUACACCCGUUUUGGCCAUGAGCACAGCAUAUGACUUCGUUAAAAGCAAUUACUUGAAUGAGUUGCCUGUAAUAGGCUUAGAUAAUCUAACGGAUCCCAUAUCAGCAGUUAUUGGCGCCGAGGAUUCCAGCAGUAGCACUCUGAUUUCGAGUCUUCUUCAAGUGGUUGGUAUACCAACAAUGAGUCCGUUGUCGACCAGCGAGGAACUUAGUUCUCCUUACUUUAGCACAUUCUUUCGCACCAUACCCCCUGACGGAGAGCAGGCAAAAGCCAUGGUGGAUAUUAUAGAACAUUACGGGUGGACGUACAUCGCAGCCGUCGCUAUCGACAAUUCGUACGGUCGAUAUGGGUUACGCGCUUUAGAGAGAGAAGCGUACGACCGCAGGACGUUUUGCGUCGCGUUUUCCGAGUACUUUACGUAUUCCACGAGGCAUCUUCCCGAGAAUUUCAACGAAGCCAGGUACAUCGGCUUCGCCAUGAACGUUUUACUAAUAUCCUGGGUCUCAUUUUAUCCAGUGGAUUCGUCCUUGGAGGGAUAUUACACCACCAUAGUUGCAUGUGCCACAGCCCUGGUCACUGCAUAUGGACUUCUGCUGUGUAUUUUCGCUCCUAAACUCUUUGUUAUUGUUUUGCACCCAGAGCAAAACACACACGAGUUCAUGAAAGCCCAAAUUGGUCAGUUUACGUCAAGCGUUUCGCAAGUUAAAAUGACGGUCCAGCCCGCCAGUGGAAUUGAAAAUGACUCUUGUUGCUCUACGACAUGAGCACUGUUGCGGUAAAACAAACCUUUGAAGUAUACAAAGUAGAUAAAGUGGACUGCAAAGUUUGGUCGUGGCACUUAUUGGAGGAGAGCGUAAAAUUAAUCUUAUUAAUAAGCAGUUUAAAACAGGGAAGCUGUAGGUUUCUAAGAAUUUUGUAAAUACUCAACGAAAGAGUCACGAUCUUCAUUUCCUCUACGGCAAAAGUUUGCUUUACAUAUCCACAACUAUAUAGGUGCAACGGCUAAGAUCAUUCAAGUUCGUAAAGUAGUUUCCCCUCGGCAAACAUGGGACAAACUCGUUUGCAUUGUUUAUGUUUGUUUGUUUGCUUUUACUAUGCGAUUUUUAUUAAGACCGGACGACUGAAAGAUAAGUACAGCCAGCGAAGUCAUUAAGCUCUCGGUAUUUUACCUUUUUGACACCUGAGGGCGACUAGAAUCUCAUUUUUUACUAAGGUAUCACUGCUGAAUCAAACAAUAGGCUCGUGAGAACAAAGAAAAUAACCGCAAACUUAAAAAGCUUUUGAUUUUUAACAAAAUUCUUCUCAUCAGUGCUCUAGGAAAUAUACAACGAAUAAUAUGGAGAAUAUACAUGCUUAUGUUAGGGCCGUAAAUGGUCAAUAGUAUAUAGAAAGAGCAGAAUCUUCAAAUUAAAUCAAGAGAAAUGAAAAAUGGAUGUGAUAGGUCUAGUAUGCAAUUGAAAUCAUCCUUUCGUUUCUUAAUGUACUGCACCUUACGGUCGUUUGAUUUGAACUUGUUCAUUUUCGACCGCAGAGAGUGAUUUUCUCACAAUGUCGGUGACAGGUUAACUUGGGAUUGAAUAAGGGGGGGUAAGUUUCUAAAGAGAUUGUGGUGCUGUGUCAAUGGGAGUAACCAGGUAACUUUGGUUUAUCAACUGAGUUGAUAAAUGUAAAUUGGCCACCGUAGAGGGUUUUAAAAGUUGACGUUUCGA